AAUGAAGAAAAUAGCAAAAAAAGUUUUCUUUGUUUCUAUUUUAAAAUUUACCAAACAGGUGAUUUUUCUCCUUCACUGAUAUGCAUUGAUGAGGUUGCACUGAUAGGCAGCACUGAUGGGCAUUGAUGAGGCGGCACUGAUAGGUAGCACUAAUGAGGAGGCACUGGUGGGCAUUGAUGAGAAGGUACUGAUGAUGUACUGAUAUGCAGCAAUGAUGGGCACUGAUAGGCGGCACUGACUGGCGGCACUGACUUGAUAGCACCAACUGGAGGCACUGACAGGUGGCACUGCUGGGCAGCA